AUGAAGGAUUUGAGGGCUCGAAUAGAGCAACAAGCUCGCGUGGAAGAUGGCGCUGCUUCAGUACAUAUUGUGGUUGCUGAAGAAGAAGUCAGACCGCCUCAACCACCUAAGACUGAGCAGCCAAGGAGGGAUGAGCAGCGCAAGAACUAUGGCCAAAGGAACCGCUCCACAGCAGAAAAUGAGGAGGAAAGGGCCAAGUCUUAUGAAGGCAUCACCACCGUCUUCAAAGAGCCAAUAUACAGGCUCGUCGAGAAACUUAAAGGGGAAGCCUUCUUUGUUUGGCCAGGUAAGAUGCCUGGAGACCCUGCUCGGCGCAAUCAAACACUGCGUUGCACCUAUCAUCGAGAGAAGGGACACAAGACGCAAAAUUGCAGAGCUCUUAAACAACACUUGGAGGACUUAGUUACGGCAGGACACCUCCAUCAAUGGAUAGACGUUGAUAAGACGAGGGAAAAGCAGGGACUAGACCAAGCCCCUCCUGAAGAAAACCAUGCCCCGAGGUUGGUCAUCAACGUUAUCCAUGGAAUGACUGACCCAGAAAGAGAAAACAUAAUUCGAGGAGAAAUCCAACGUGCCACCCACAUUCAACAGGUAAUGUCGGUAGGACCUCCUCCUAAAAAGUCCAAGACAGAAGCCAGACCUUCUCGGUUUAACGUCGUGUUCACUGAAAAGGACCUAGAGAGAAUCCAGUACCCCCACACCGAUGCCCUCAUCGUUACAGUUGGUGUGGCCAACAAGUUCGAUGUGAAGCGAGUCUUGAUUGACCAAGGAAGUGCCGCAGACAUCAUGUAUUAUGAACUUUUCAAGAAGCUCGGCCUCAGUGAGCAACACCUGACACCUGCCACCUCCCCUUUAGUUGGCUUUAACUCGCAAACAGAACGGCCGCUCGGCCGAAUAACUCUGCCUGUCAUAGCUAAGUCCAAGGUGGUCUCUGUUGACUUUUUGGUGGUAAACACCCCAUCUCCCUACAAUGCCAUCCUCGGCCGACCUUGGAUUCACCAGAUGGAGGCAGUUCCUACCACCUAUCACCAACUCGUUCGCUUUCCAACCAAGUAUGGAGUAGAGGAGAUUCGUGGAGACCAAGUGGCAGCCAAACACUGCUUCAUUGCCGCCAUGAAAACCAAACAAGUCUGCGACCAAGUACAGAUGGUAGAAGUACCUGACCAGCCAGUUUUGGAAGACGUCAGCGGAGUGCCGACCGAGAAGAUGGUAGAGGACCUAGAGACGGUCUUGGUAGAAGAAGGAAACCCAGAUAAGUUCUUCCUGCUCGGCACUUCCCUUACUGUUGGAGAGAAAGAGCAAUUACUGGCUCUACUCUGUAAAAACAUCGAAGUGUUCGCCUGGUCGGCCUAUGACACUCCUGGGUUGGACCCCAACUAUACCUGUCAUCGACUCAACGUCCAACUAGGAGCGCAGCCGGUUAUUCAGAAGAGUAGACGAUCAUCCACGCAACACACCGAUGCAGUGAUCGAAGAGGUGGACAAACUUUUGGCUGCUGGAGUCAUUCGAGAAGUGCAGUACCCAAAGUGGCUGUCCAACACCGUCGUGGUGAAAAAGAAGAAUGGCAAAUGGAGAGUCUGCGUUGAUUUCAUUAGCCUUAACAAAGCUUGCCCCAAGGAUAGCUUCCCCCUUCCACGAAUAGAUCAACUUGUUGACGCAACGGCUGGACAUGAGCGCAUGAGCUUUCUAGACGCCUAUAGUGGCUACCACCAGAUCCCUAUGUUCGGUCCUGACCAAGAGAAAACGGCUUUCAUCAGCCCUAGAGGCAUUUACUGCUACAAAGUGAUGCCCUUCGGCUUGAAAAACGCUGGUGCGACCUACCAGCGAAUGGUCACCAAAAUGUUCAAGGACCAGCUUGGUAAAACCAUGGAAACUCACAAGCUUCGAUUGAGCGCCUCGAAAUGUGCCUUUGGAGUAGGAUCAGGGAAGUUUUUGGGGUAUAUGGUGACUAGGCGGGGCAUUGAAGCCAACCCUGACCAAAUCAAAGCCCUCCAAGACCUUGAAGCACCUACAAAGGCUAAAGAACUCCAGAAACUCGCUGGUAUGGCUGCAGCACUUAACCGUUUCAUCAGUCGGUCAUCUGAUCGGAUGAAGCCCUUCUUCCAACUUCUAAGGAAGAAAACCAGUUUUGAGUGGGGAAGUCAGUGCUCCGAAGCGCUAGAAGAUUUGAAGAAGUAUUUGUCCUCUCCUCCCCUUCUAUCAACACCUGUCGCCAACGAAGAGCUUUUCCUUUACUUGGCUGUUUCUGAUCAUGCCGUUAGCGCAGUGCUAGUCAGAGAGGAUGGGAAGGAGCAAAAACCAGUGUAUUACGUUAGUAAGACACUCCUUGAUGCCGAAACUAGAUACUUGCCAUUGGAGAAAUUGGCAUAUGCACUAUUAAUUGCCUCUAGGAAGCUUGUUCAUUACUUUCAAGGACAUACCAUCAACGUCCUCACUGAAUUCCCCCUCAAGUCGGUGUUCAGUCGAGCAGAUUUCUCAGGCCGAACAGCAAAGUGGGCGGUGGAGCUUGGAGAGUUUGAUAUCAAGUUCCAACCUCGAACAGCAAUCAAAGCUCAAGUUCUGGCAGACUUUGUUGCAGAAUUCACCCCGGGACCGGCUGUCCCCUCCGAAGGGAGCUCUGCUUUGGUCACUAUGACUGCCCAGCAUAAAGGGCAAUCCCCAGCCGAAGCAUGGAAGCUUUUUGUUGGAGACGUAUGGAAGCUGUUUGUAGACGGUUCUUCUAACCAAAAAGGCUCUGGAGCAGGAGUUGUCCUUAUUUCUCCUGAAGGAUUCAUGUGGGAGCAAGCCAUUCGGUUGGGCUGGAAAGCUUCUAAUAAUGAAGCAGAGUAUGAAGCUCUACUAGCCGGCUUGCGAAGUGCCGGACACUUCAACGCGGAGGAGCUACUCGUCUUUAGUGACUCCCAAUUAGUGGUCAACCAACUCUCUGGAGUUUAUGAGGCUCGCGAUGAACGGAUGGCCACUUAUGCAGAACAGGCCAAAAAUUUGAUCAGAAAGUUCCAAGCCAUCAGAGUCGAGAAGAUUGGCCGAGAGGGAAAUGGUCAUGCUGAUGCUUUAGCUUGCCUAGGUUCCUCGGUCGACUCUAGAGACGCCCGCAAAAUAUGGGUGGAAUAUGUACCCCAACCAAGUAUUCGACUAGUCGAAAUGGUCCUCUGCACAGAUUUGGGCCCAAGUUGGAUGGACCCACUCCUGGCCUUCUUGAAGAAUGGCACCCUUCCUGAGGACAAAAAAGAAGCGCACAAGACAAGGCAUAGAGCUGCUCGAUUUUGGGUCUCCCCAUCUGGUAAGCUUUACAAGAAGUCCUACAUGGGCCCUUAUCUACUCUGUGUUCAUCCAAGUCUGGUGGAAGACGUGCUUUAUGAGAUCCAUGAUGGAAUCUGUGGGAGCCACGCUGGUGGUCGGUCCUUGGCACACCGAGCCCUAACACACGGGUAUUGGUGGCCGCGCAUGCAAAAGGAGGCCCAACAGUAUGUCCGCAAGUGCGACAAGUGCCAAAAGUUUGCUCCUCUCAUUCACCAGCCAGCCAAAGCCCUAACCCCCCUCACCAGUCCUUGGCCAUUCGCUCAGUGGGGCUCAGACAUUGUUGGACCAUUAGCUAGGGGAACUGGGAAUAAAAGGUUUUUCAUCGCUGCAACUGACUACUUCACCAAGUGGGUGGAGGCGGAGGCCUUAUGCAAGAUCAAAGAAGCAGACACUAAGAGGAUCUUCAGAAGAUUUUGCGCUGACUUGAAGAUAGAGUUCCGAAACUCCACUCCGGCCUACCCACAGGGCAAUGGCCAAGCUGAAGCGUCCAAUAAGACGAUCAUUGAUGGGCUAAAAAAGCGUCUUGAAAAAGCCAAGGGCAAAUGGGUGGAGGAGAUACCGAAUGUCCUCUGGGCUUACCGAACUACUCCUCGUCGGUCAACCGGUGAGACACCUUACUCUCUUACCUAUGGGAUAGAAGCAGUCAUCCCUUUAGAGGUUGGCCUUCCUACCAUCCGUUCUGAGAUCUUUGAGCCAACAGACAAUGAUGAAGCCAUCGCCGAAGCUCUGGACAUGGCCGAAGAACGUAGGGAAGCUGCCCUUAUUCGGUUGGCGGCCUACCAGCAGCAACUCACUAAGAGCUUCAACAAGAAUGUGCGUCCAAGGCAAUUCUUACCAGGUGACUUGGUACUCAGGAAGGUAAUGGAUCACAAGAAAGUCCCCGGGGAAGGGAAACUCGGUGCUAACUGGGAGGGGCCCUACAAGGUUACUUCAGCACUUGGCAAUGGCGCAUACUAUUUGGCUGACUUAUUAGGGAAGGCAAUCCCUAGACCAUGGAACGUCGCCAACCUAAAGAAGUACUUCCAGUGA